AUGGCAGCAAUGGCAACUUUUCCAAGAGACCACAUCACAGCCUUAAAAGGGAUGAUAAAAAUCAGCUCCCUCUUCACAAUGACAACAACAAUUUUCAUCGGUUUUCUGUUUACAGUUCAUGCACCUGUAACCGUUUCUUUCUCAUCGCCGCCUUGUCCUUCGACAAAUGAUCCAUUUUACAGAGACAUUAUGCUUUUCACACUCACAUCAUUCGGUUGUUUCUUUUCCACAACACUUCUAUCACUCUCUCUCAAGCAACUCAUGCGCUUCCAAAACCAAACCUUCCAACCCAUCUUGAGGCAAGGGAUGAAGCUUUCUGUAACUGGAUUUGUGUUAGGCUGUUCCUUCCUUUUCUAUGCUUUUUACAAUGUUCUUGUCGGUAACGUUGGUCGCGUUGAACGUGUUCCCUUGAGAACAUUGCUUACUAUCAUUCCACUUUGUUUCCUCGUUUUUGGUGGUCUCGUCGUCUAUGUCGGGGUUUAUGUUUUUGUUAUCAAGACAACCUCGACAUAG